CGUGCCCCGCACGCCCUGGACUCUGACCCCGGCUUCUCCACCCGCGGGGACUGCGGGACCAGGCGGCCGUCCCUGCGCCUUAGCACAGCGAUCCGGUGGCGGCCCCGAGCCACCCCGCGGUCCCCAGGGGGCGCUGCGCGCUCCCGUCCCCGGGAGCAAAGCGAAAGUCGCUCCGGCCACGCGGGGCCCGGUGGCGCGUGGGGCGCUGCCCGGGGAGCCGCGCGCUGGGGGGGCCCUUUCCCCCGCGCGCCCCACCCCCCCCCCCCGCCCCGAGAGGCGACGCCGCGGCUCUCGGGGCGCGGGCUCUUCCCGGGGCGCCUGCCCACGGGGGUGUCCGGGCCGCAGGGCUGGCGCGGCGCGCGGGCCGUCGGGGAAGCGCGGGGGCGGGCACGCCGCGGAGGGCGGGCGGCGGGCGGGGGCCGAGCUUAUAAAGGCCCGGGGCGGGGAGGGAGCGCGCCGCCAAGCCGCCGUCCGGCCCUGCUCGGCCUCCACCCGCCGCCGCCGAGAGCCGCGCGCUGCGCUCCUCCGCGGGGCAGGGCUGGCACCGGAGCGGGCGCCGCGGGCCGCGGGCCGAGGACGCGGAGGAGGCGGAGGAGGCGGCGCUCGGGUCGCCCCCCCGGGGGUCCUGGCCGCGGCGCGCGGCACGUGCGCCUCCCCGCCCUGCGCGCCAUGUCCCCCUAGCGCCGCGGCGGCGGAGCGACCACCCCCGGCCGGCCCCGCGGGCCCCCCGGGCAUGGGGCGGCACGUGCUCGGCCCGGUCCUCUACUGGCUGCUGCUGCCCUUCGCGCUCCUGGCCGCCUGCCUGUGCCGCUUCAACGCCCUGUCUCUGGUCUACUUGCUGUUUCUGCUGCUGUUGCCCUGGUUCCCGGGCCCCUCUCCGCACAGCGUCCCAGGUCACACUGGUCGCCUCCUCCGAGCCCUGCUGCUUUUCAGCCUCCUCUUCCUGGCAGCCCACCUGGCCUUCCAGAUAUGCCUGCACACCGUGCCCCGCCUGGACCAGCUCCUGGGGCCAAGCUGCAGCCCCUGGCAGAUCCUGUCCCAGCACGUAGGGGUGACGAGGCUGGACCUGAAGGACAUCCCCAAUGCCGUCCGGCUGGUGGCCCCUGACCUGGGUGUCCUGGUCGUCUCAGCCGUGUGCCUCGGCCUCUGCGGGCGCCUGGCACGGGAAGCCCGGCGGAGCCGGCCCGCCCGGGAGCAGGACGAUGAGGACAGGGAAGCGGACGCCGGCUCCCCGGCGGGGCCUCACGGAGCCCCCGUGCCAGCCCCCAAGCAGAGGUCUCGGCUGGCCACCCGGUUCCAGGUCACGGCCCACUGGCUGCUGGUGGCCGCCGGACGGACGCUGGCCAUCCUGCUGCUGGCGCUGGCAGGCAUCGCCCAGCCCUCGGCCUUCUCCGGCGUCUACUUCCUGGUCUUCCUGGCCACCUGCACCUGGUGGGCCUGCCACUUUCCCAUCGGCCCCCUGGGCUCCAGCACGCUCUGCGUCAUGGUGGGCUGCUUCAGCGCCGGCCACCUCAUCUGCGUCUACUGCUACCAGACGCCCUUCGCCCAGGCCGUGCUGCCCCCUGCGGGCAUCUGGGCCAGGGUGUUCGGCCUCAAGGCCUUGGUGGCCUACAGCAACUGCUCCAGUCCCAACGUGCUGGUCCUCGAUACCAGCCACGACUGGCCCGUGUACGUGAGCCCCGGCGUCUUGCUGCUCCUCUACUACACCAUGACCUCACUCCUCAAGCUGUGCACACACCAGCCCCUGGACCAGAGGAAGGAGGCGGCCAGGCGCGACGAGGAGCAGGAGGUGGAACUGACUCACGUGGAUCAGUGGCCCCAGGGCCAGGCCGGGGCUGCGGCCGCCAAGGAGGAGGGCGCCGCCCAGCGCGUGCCGCCCACGACCACGGGGCCAGACUGGGAGACCGACAGCUGCACUGUGCACGACCUGACCGGCCACAGCCCCGUCCGGCAGCGCCCCCUGUACCCCAGGCUGUCGGAGCCUAGAGACGUGUCUCCCCUGCACGGUCUGGGCCAUCUCAUCAUGGACCAGAGCUACGUGUGCGCCCUCAUCGCCAUGAUGGUGUGGAGUAUCACCUACCACAGCUGGCUGACCUUCGUGCUGCUGCUCUGGGCCUGCCUCAUCUGGACGGUGCGCAGUCGUCACCAGCUGGCCAUGCUCUGUUCCCCCUUCAUCCUGCUCUACGGGCUGGCGCUGUGCGGGCUCCGCUACGUGUGGGCCAUGGACCUGCGUCCCGAGCUGCCCACCACCCUGGGCCCCGUCAGCCUGCGUCAGCUGGGGCUGGAGCACACCCGCUACCCUUGCCUGGACCUUGGCGCCAUGCUGCUGUACAACCUGACCUUCUGGCUUCUGCUGCGCCAGUUCGUGAAGGAGAAGCUGCUAAGGAAGGCCAAGAGCGCGGCCGGCCUGCUGGGGGUGGCCGUGGCCGACCCAGAGCCCACGCGGACACGGACGCUGCUCCGGAGCCUGGGCGAGCUGGUCACGGGCCUGUACGCCAAGUACUGGAUCUACGUGUGCGCUGGCAUGUUCAUCGUGGUCAGCUUUGCCGGCCGCCUCGUCGUCUACAAGAUCGUGUACAUGCUCCUCUUCCUGCUGUGCCUCACGCUCUUCCAGGUCUACUACAGCCUGUGGAGGAAGCUGCUCAAGGCGUUCUGGUGGCUCGUGGUGGCCUACACCAUGCUGGUGCUCAGCGCCGUCUACACCUUCCAGUUCCAGGACUUCCCCACCUACUGGCGCAACCUGACCGGCCUCACAGACGAGCAGCUGGCGGACCUGGGUCUGGAGCAGUUCAGCGUGUCCGAGCUCUUCUCCAGCAUCCUGGUCCCCGGCUUCUUCCUGCUGGCCUGCAUCCUGCAGCUGCAUUAUUUCCACCAGCCCUUCAUGCGGCUCACCGACCUGGGGCACGCGCCCCUGCCUGGCGCCCACCUCCCGCGCUGGGCUCGAAGGCAGGACGCGGUCAGCGGGACCCCGCUGCUGCAGGAGGAGGAGGAGGUGGCCAGGGAGGAGGGACUGAGCGGGGCCGGCCCCCAGCAGGCCAUGCAGGUCCCCGAAGCCGCCGCCAGCAAGUGGGGCCUGGUGGCCGAGCGGCUGCUGGACCUGGCCGACCGCUUCUCCGAGGUCCUCACCCGCGUGCAGGUGUUGGUGGGGCGCCUGCUGGAGCUGCACGUCCUCAAGCUGGUGGCCCUGUACACUGUGUGGGUGGCCCUGAAGGAGGUGUCGGUGAUGAACCUGCUUCUGGUCGUGCUGUGGGCCUUCGCCCUGCCCUACCCCCGCUUCCGGCCCAUGGCCUCCUGCCUUUCCACCGUGUGGACCUGUAUCAUCAUCGUGUGCAAGAUGCUGUAUCAGCUGAAGGUCGUCAGCCCGCACGAAUACUCCAGCAACUGCACCGAGCCCCUCCUCAACAGCACCAACCUGCAGAAAACGGAGAUCAAGCAGUCCCUGCUGUACCGGGGGCCCGUCGACCCUGCCAACUGGUUUGGGGUCCGGAAGGGCUUCCCGAACCUGGGCUACAUCCAGAACCACCUGCUGGUCCUGCUGCUGCUGGUGUUCGAGGCCAUUGUUUACCGGCGCCAGGAGCACCACCGUCGGCAGCACCAGCCAGCCCCGCUGCCUGCCCAGGCCGUCUGUGCCGACGGCACCCGCCAGCGGCUGGACCAGGAUCUUCUCAGCUGCUUCAAGUACUUUGUCAACUUCUUUUUCUACAAAUUCGGGCUGGAGAUCUGCUUCCUGAUGGCCGUGAACGUGAUUGGGCAGCGCAUGAAUUUCAUGGUCAUCCUGCACGGCUGCUGGCUGGUGGCCAUUCUUACCCGCCGGCACCGCGGAGCCAUCGCCCGCCUCUGGCCCAACUACUGUCUGUUCCUGGCGUUGUUCUUCCUGUAUCAAUACCUGCUGUGCCUGGGCAUCCCCCCGGCCCUGUGCCUCGACUACCCGUGGCGGUGGAGCCAGGCCAUCCCCAUGAACUCCGCGCUCAUCAAGUGGCUGUACCUGCCCGACUUCUUCAGAACCCCCAACUCCACUAACCUCAUCAGUGACUUCCUCCUGCUGCUGUGCGCCUCCCAGCAGUGGCAGGUGUUUGCAGCCGAGCACACGGAAGAGUGGCAGCACGUGGCCGGCACCAACACCGACCUCCUGGAGGUGCCGCAGGGCGAGCCCGACCCCGUGCCCAACUUCAUUUACUGCAGGUCCUACCUCGACAUGCUGAAGGUGGCCGUCUUCCGCUACCUCUUCUGGCUGGUGCUGGUGGUGGUGUUCGUCACGGGAGCCACCCGCAUCAGUAUCUUCGGGCUGGGCUACCUGCUGGCCUGCUUCUACCUGCUGCUCUUUGGCACCGGCCUGUUGCAGAAGCACACGCGUGCCCGCCUCCUGCUGUGGGACUGCCUCAUUCUGUACAACGUCACCGUCAUCAUCUCCAAGAACAUGCUUUCGCUCCUGUCCUGCGUUUUCGUGGAGCAAAUGCAGAGCAGCUUCUGCUGGGUCAUCCAGCUCUUCAGCCUCGUGUGCACCGUCAAAGGCUACUAUGACCCCAAGGAGAUGCUGAGCCGGGACCGGGACUGCCUGCUGCCCGUGGAGGAGGCCGGCGUGCUCUGGGACAGCGUGUGCUUCCUGUUCCUGCUGCUCCAGCGCCGCGUGUUCCUCAGCCGCUACUUCCUGCACGUCAGUGCCGAGCUCCAGGCCACCGCCUUGCAGGCCUCCAGGGGCUUCGCGCUGUACAACGCGGCCAACCUCAAGAGUAUCGAGCUCCAUCGCAAGGCGGAGGAGAAGUCCCUGGCCCAGCUGAAGAGACAGAUGGAGCGCAUCCGCGCCAAACAGGAGAAGCACCGGCAGAGCCGGGCCGGCCGCAGCCGCCCCCAGGAGCCCCAGGGCCCCCCCCAGGAGCCGGGGCCUGGCAGUCCACGGGGCUCGUCCCCGCCACGGAGGCAGUGGUGGCGGCCCUGGCUGGACCACGCCACAGUUAUCCAUUCGGGGGACUACUUCCUGUUCGAGUCUGACAGUGAGGAGGAGGAGGAGACCCCACCCGAGGACCCCAGGCCUUCGGCACAGAGCGCUUUCCAGCUGGCGUACCAGGCAUGGGUGACCAACGCGCAGACGGUGCUGAGGAGGCAGCGGGAGGAGCAGGCGAGGCAGGAGCAGGCAGGGCAGCCGCCCGCGGGAGGCGGCCCAGGCACGGAGGCGGAGCCGGCGGAGGGCCCAGACCAAGAGGCGGCUGGCCACAGCCACGUGAUGCAGCGGGUGCUGAGCGCCGUGCAGUUUCUGUGGGUGCUGGGGCAGGCGCUGGUGGACGGGCUGACGGACUGGCUGCGCACCUUCACGCGGCACCACCGCGCCAUGAGUGACGUGUUGCGUGCCGAGCGCUACCUGUACACGCAGGCGCUGCUCAGGGGCCAAGAGGUACACCGGGGCCUGCUGGACCAGCUGUAUGCCAGGGGCGCGGAGGCCGCACCACCAGGCUCCUCGGGGGCCCGAGACGCACCCGGCGCGGCGGCAAGCGGGCCGGGGGCCCAGGAGCCACUGAGCGCCGCCACGGAGGCCACCGGCGGCCCCCUGAGCACGGGGUGCAACGCCCGCAGCAGCGGCGAGGACGCGACGGCCGAGCCCGGGGCUUCCACCCGGACCCGCACGGCCAGCGAGCUGCUCCUCAACAGGCACCUGCACAUCCAGGAGCUGGAGGAGGCCCAGCAGUUCGAAGCGAGGCAGGGCCGGGCGCUGCGGCUGCUGCGGGCCGCCUACCAGUGCGUGGCCGCCCACUCGGAGCUGCUCUGCUAUUUUGUCAUCAUCCUCAACCACAUGGUCACCGCCUCGGCCGCCUCCCUGGUGCUGCCCGUGCUCGUCUUCCUGUGGGCCAUGCUGUCCAUCCCGAGGCCCAGCAAGCGCUUCUGGAUGACGGCCAUCGUCUUCACCGAGGUGACCGUGGUCACCAAGUACCUGUUCCAGUUUGGCUUCUUCCCCUGGAACACCCACGCGGUGCUCCGGCGCUACGAGAACAAGCCGUACUUCCCGCCACGGAUCCUGGGCCUGGAGAAGACCGACGGCUACGUCAAGUACGACCUAGUACAGCUCAUGGCCCUGUUCUUCCACCGCUCCCAGCUGCUGUGCUACGGCCUCUGGGACCACGAAGGGGACCAACUCUCCAAGGACCACGACCGCGGCACUGGGAAGAAGGGGGUUGAGGAGGAGCCGACGUCACCAGGACCCCAGGGAGCACCAGGGGUGGCUGGGGCCCUCACCCGGUACCACAUGCAGGCGGAAGCAGGGGAUGGGCCCCCAGAGCCUCCCCUGGAGCCCAAGCUCCGAGACCCAAAGCCGAUCAGCCUGCGUUUCAGGAAGAGGAGAAGGGAGAGCACAGAGCCUGUGGAGCCCACAGCCGUUGGUACGACGGCCCUGUCCCUCCACGGCCACUGUGGCCCAGCGGGUUCCCACCCGGAGCGCGGCCCCCCGCUGCGUUCCCGGCCUGCCCCACGUGGCAGGAGACGCAGCCCCGGCUGGCCCACUGCCAGCGACCUGGGGACGUCUCUGUGUUCAUCCCAGCCUGCUGGUCCGUAAAGUGGGAUGAUCCAGCCCCCUGGGGGGUGGUCUCGGGGUGGCCGGGAGUCGGAGCUGGGCCCGGCCCCCCCGGGGCUCCCGUCAGCGGUGGCUGCUCCCACAGAAGGCGUGGCGGCGGCCCCGGGGAGCGAGAGGUGGAGUCGCCCCCGGGAAAGGGCGAGAGCCCUGGGGCUCCGACUGCAGAGCUGCUGCCUGGCCCUGGCCCAGAGCGUGUACCGGCCCCUGCACUGCUUUUUCCACGACAUCCUGCACACCCAGUACCGCGCGGCCACCGACGUCUACGCCCUCAUGUUCCUGGCCGACGUCGUUGACUUCAUCAUCAUCAUCUUUGGCUUCUGGGCCUUUGGGAAACACUCGGCAGCCACAGACAUCACGUCCUCACUGUCAGACGACCAGGUGCCCGAGGCCUUCCUGGUCAUGCUGCUCAUCCAGUUCAGCACCAUGGUCAUCGACCGCGCCCUCUACCUCCGCAAGACCGUGCUGGGCAAGCUGGCCUUCCAGGUGGUCCUGGUGCUGGCCAUCCACCUCUGGAUGUUCCUCAUUCUGCCCGCGGUCACCGAGAGGAUGUUCAGCCAGAACGCAGUGGCCCAGCUGUGGUACUUCGUCAAGUGCGUCUACUUCGCCCUGUCCGCCUACCAGAUCCGCUGCGGCUACCCCACCCGCAUCCUGGGCAACUUCCUCACCAAGAAGUACAACCACCUCAACCUCUUCCUCUUCCAGGGUUUCCGGCUCGUGCCGUUCCUGGUGGAGCUGCGGGCCGUGAUGGACUGGGUGUGGACGGACACCACGCUGUCCCUCUCCAGCUGGAUGUGUGUGGAGGACAUCUACGCCAACAUUUUCAUCAUCAAGUGCAGCCGAGAGACCGAGAAGAAAUACCCGCAGCCCAAGGGGCAGAAGAAGAAGAAGGUGGUCAAGUACGGCAUGGGCGGGCUCAUCAUCCUGUUCCUCGUGGCCAUCAUCUGGUUCCCUCUGCUCUUUAUGUCCCUGGUGCGCUCCGUGGUCGGCGUCGUCAACCAGCCGAUCGACGUCACCGUCACCCUCAAGCUGGGUGGCUACGAGCCCUUGUUCACCAUGAGCGCGCAGCAGCCGUCCAUCGUGCCCUUCACGCAACAGGCCUACGAGGAGCUGUCCAGACACUUCGACCCGAACCCGCUGGCCAUGCAGUUCAUCAGCCAGUACAGCCCCGAGGACAUCGUCACGGCGCAGAUCGAGGGCAGCUCGGGGGCGCUGUGGCGCAUCAGCCCGCCCAGCCGGGCCCAGAUGAAGCGGGAGCUGUACAAUGGCACGGCCGACAUCACCCUGCGCUUCACCUGGAACUUCCAGAGGGACCUGGCCAAGGGCGGCACCGUGGAGUACACCAACGAGAAGCACACCCUGGACCUGGCUGCCAAUAGCAGCGAGCGGAGGCAGCUGGCCAGCCUGCUGGAGGGCACCUCGGACCAGUCGGUGGUCAUCCCCAAUCUCUUCCCCAAGUACAUCCGCGCUCCCAACGGGCCCGAGGCCAACCCCGUGAAGCAGCUGCAGCCCAACGAGGAGGCCGACUACCUCGGAGUGCGCAUCCAGCUGCGGAGGGAGCGCGUGGGCUCGGGGGCCGCCGGCUUCCUGGAGUGGUGGGUCAUCGAGCUGCAGGACUGCCAGGCCGAAUGCAACCUGCUCCCCAUGGUCAUCUUCAGCGACAAGGUCAGCCCGCCCAGCCUCGGCUUCCUGGCCGGCUACGGGAUCAUGGGGCUCUACGUGUCCAUCGUGCUGGUCAUCGGCAAGUUCGUGCGUGGCUUCUUCAGCGAGAUCUCCCACUCCAUCAUGUUUGAGGAGCUGCCCUGCGUGGACCGCAUCCUCAAGCUCUGCCAGGACAUCUUCCUGGUGCGGGAGACGCGCGAGCUGGAGCUGGAGGAGGAGCUCUACGCCAAGCUCAUCUUCCUGUACCGCUCGCCCGAGACCAUGAUCAAGUGGACCCGCGAGAAGGAGUAGGAGCCGGGGCCCCACACCCAGGCAGGAAGGAGCCGCCCAGCAGAGCGCCGGGCCCCGAUGCUGCUGCCGGAACGAAGGAAGGAAGCUGUGGCCCCUCCCCCGCCCGGCUCAGGGCACCUCCUCGUCCCCGAGGGCCCCACGCGGCCGGCACGCUGGGCUGGGGCGUCCAGCCUUCCCCUCCCCACGAGUACUGUAGGGUUUUCUAAUUAAAAGUAUUUUUAUUUAUGCGA